UCAGAUGCACACGUAAACAUGGCAGCCAACAUAGAGCAAAUAUUCCAAGAUUUUAUAUUGAAUAAGAUCAGAGAAAUUGAAGACCAGAAUGAAGAAAAAACUGCUGCUGAAGGAGUGGGUGCUUGCAGUGAAACGGUUACAGCAGAGAAAACCAUCUCAGAGAGAGACAAACAAGGAGACUUCAGGUGCACCGGUUCACAGAAGAAACAUAAAAAGCACAAAAAACACAAAAGCAAGAAGAAGAAAAGGAACCAGGAGAAGGAGAGCAGUUCAGAGUCUGGGGCAGAAUUGGACACAGGAACUAAACAUCAACCCAGAAGAGGAACACCAACAGUGGCGAAUAAGGAGCAAAGUGAGGAUAACAACUCUAAGUCCAAAUGCCACAAGCGGACAACAGGAAAGAAGAAGAAGAAGAAGAGGAGGCGGAAAGGUGAAGGGAGGGGAAACUCAUCAGAUUCUGACUCAGAAUUCGUGUCAAAGCAGAGGGAUAGUAAAUGUGGUCAAAGCCCAUUGCCAAGGCGACGAGAGGACCUGCCUGAUAUCAUCCCAAAACAGGACAGCUCCAAUAAAGAAAGAGGAGAUGAGGAAAGCUAUGACGGGAGGAGUUGUCGUUCCUGUUCACAGUCACAUUCCUAUUGUCAUUCACAUUCCUGCUCAGUGAGGAGGAAAUCUCGCUCUCGGUCUAGACACCACCACCGAAGAUCUAGAAGUCGUUCCCUGUCCAGUUCACAGCGCCACAGGACCUGGUCCAGCUCUUCAGAGAAGAAGGGAGCUUUGGAUCAAUCCACCCAGAGUCCUUCAAAAGGCCUCCAGCUGCCCCAGCUGGUCUCCAGUCCUACAGGAAUAAACUUCAAAGCAGAGGUGCAGACAGAGUCAAGCACAGAGCUGCAGAGCCCUGACCAGAGUGGCAAGCCAGCAGUGACAAAACAAGCGCAAGCAGAGGACACAUCAGAAAAACAAGGUUCUGCAGCAUCCCAGUCCAUGCUGAACCAGUCUGCAACCUCUGAACCUGACCAGACCACUGAGCCCAGCCUCCCUCAGCUUAAAGCAUCAGAGUACCCCAGGUCCACCUCUGCCACCAAAGUUAAAUCACCAGCAAAGAAGAAGAGGAAACCAUCCAAGUCCCCACAAAGGAACAGAGAAGGAAAGUCAUCAAAGAAGCAGAAAAGAUCCAAGUCACCAUGUAAGAGCCACAAGAGGGGAUCCAGAUCCUGCAGCCCUUCAAGGAAGAAAAGAUCACGGUCAAGGUCAGGGGGCUGGAGGUCACGAAGGUCACGCUCACGGUCGGUGUCACGGGGUCGGAGAAGAGCAACAUACAGCCAGAGGGACCGCUGGAAACGAGAGCCAAGUCACUCCCCUGUACUUAUCCUCCGCAAAAAUAGAUCACCCACCCGGAAACACUGCACUUCCAUCAACAGCCCUCAACGCAUCAGUGAACUGGAUAAGGACCAGUUGUUGGAAAUUGCCAAGGCUAAUGCUGCUGCCAUGUGUGCCAAAGCAGGUAUGCCCAUCCCUGCCAGCCUAAGGUCCACAGUGCUUCCCCUGGCCCUGCCAAGUAUGGCCAUGAAUGCUGCUAUGGCUAGUAUGACUGCAGCCACCAUGACAGCAGCCUUGUCUAACAUAGGCACUCUGUCUUCACUGCUCCCACUGCCCUCUAUUACCAACAAACCACCUCCUGUCCCUGCUCAACCCAACAUUGCUGCUUUGGAGGAAGUGAAGCGGAAAGUAGCAAAGCAGGCCAACAGCAUCAGCAUUAAGGAGUUCACUGAUAAAUGCAAGAUGAUUGUGGACAGUAAAGGAGAGCUGCCAGUGGCAAUGCCACAUGUAUCAGAUGAAGAGGAUGAUGGGAAACCCUUUGGAGGAUCAGCUCUUCGUGAGCAAAAAGCCAUCAGCUUCAGCAUCAAUAACACGACAGUUCGUCCAGCAGUGCGUAGUGAUGCAGGCAUGGCCAAGGAGUUUCCAGUUUCUUCAGGAUCUCAACAUCGUAAGAAGGAGGGUGAGGCGCUGGGUGCAUAUGGAGAGUGGGUUCCGGUUGACAAAGCAGCAGAUGAAGCUGCAGCUGCCUCCAGAAAGGCCCUGACCACUGUUCCGAUAGCGACAUCCACCACAUCAUCGAGUGAAACUGCAACAGCUGCAGGGUUACCGGGGGUUGUGGAACAGCCAGUCUGUGUGGCAGAAAGUGACAGCGUUUUUCCUGACCCACCACUGCAGCCUGUGGAUAUCUCUCAGGCUGUAACCGAGAGGAUUAAAGCUCAAAGGCGAUUGGCGGAGAAUCCCUAUGAUGUCAGCGCCAUCUGCAUGCUCAGCCGGGCACAAGAACAGGUUGAUGCAUGGGCCCAAUCCAACACUGUUCCUGGUCUUUUCACUGGUUCUACAGGAGCCCAGGUCCUCAGCUCGGAGGAACUAUCCACCAGCGGACCACAAGCAUGGCUGAAGAAGGACCAGUUCCUCAGGGCAGCACCAGUCUCCGGGGGUGUUGGGGAGUUCCUGAUGAGAAAGAUGGGCUGGAAGACGGGAGAGGGCCUCGGGAGGAACCGUGAGGGCACUGUGGAGCCAAUCAUUAUCGACUUUAAAGUCGACCGCAAAGGACUAGUUGCUGAAGGAGAGAAGCCACAGAAACAGACAGGAGGACUGGUGGUCACCAAGGAUCUGAUGGGGAAGCACCCGGUGUCUGCUCUCAUUGAGUUGUGCAAUAAAAGACGGAUAAUGCAGCCAGACUUUGUCAUGGUCCAUCACAGCGGUCCUGACCACCGCAAGAAUUUCCUCUUCAAGGUCACAGUGAAUGGUGUGGACUACCAACCUCAGACAGCUAGUCCCAAUAAGAAACAUGCCAAGGCCAUGGCAGCUACAGUUGCCCUGCAGGCUCUGGGAGAGGUUCCUGUUGAUGGACCAGGACUCUACACUGGCCCUGUCUUCACCGCUGCUUCUACUGGCCCCCUGUUCUCUACAUAGACAUACACAAAAUAGUGGGAC